GCGCAGUUCAACGAGCAUCAUCAUGGCGCCGUUGAUGUCCAACGUGUUGCUAAUGUCAUACAAAAGGUUAGGAAAGCUUGUGUCGGUGAUUUCCAGGAACCAUUCUUCACUUACAACUGAAUUAAUUGAGAACAUGGAUAAGAAAGCAACGUGGGACCGGUUUUACACUGAAAACCGCGGCAGAACACCAAACUUUAAAAACUUUGAGUGGUUUUUUGGUUUUGGCACAGUUCAGGACUUUAUCUUGCCCUUGCUGCAUUCGAAACCUGACUCUAAUACUAUUUUCCAAGUAUUGGAUUUGGGCUGCGGAACCUCUGCCUUAGGUCUUGAUAUAUACAAGAACUCCUUCUCUGCAGUGCAAGUUACCUGCGCAGAUAUUUCCCCAGUAGCUGUGCGCUUUAUGCAAGAACAAAUUAGAACCAAAGCAGCAGAACCUCGUAAUCCUGAUUCAAGACUGGAAUUCUUAGAACUGGAUUGUACAGAACUCCACCAACACUAUGGCUCUGAAAGCCUAGACCUAAUAAUUGAUAAGGGUACAACGGAUGCCUUGUUGAGAUCCAGGGAAGGGAGAGGCAAAGCUGAUCAGGUUCUUCAGCAGUCUCUGCGAGUAUUACGAAGUUCUGGGUUAUAUCUGCAGUUUUCGGACGAGGACCCUGAUGCCAGGCUACUUUGGUUGGAAACGGUGGGCCAGGACCUUGGGGGGAUGACUGCAGAUGUAUGCGUGCAAGAGGUAGGCGAUCUGAGGGGAAUUUGUUACUUCUGCUACCAAAUCAGACCACGACAUGCUGCAUAGUAGCCUAGUUGGUACUACUGUGCUGAAUUGGACUGUUCACAUCCUGAGAUCAGGAGGUGGAGAACACUUGUUUGCGAUUGCUUUGUGAAUGGAUUUAA